CAUUUUUCGCGUUGUUUUGCCGCAACGAAACACCACUAUUCCGCAUCAUCGCCUUGUCAACCCGGCCUUCAAGUUGCACGAUGCGGCACCUUUCCACUCAUGGCACCUGGCAAGUGACGCCGCAUGUGUCGAUGCUUGGCGGUGGAGGCGGUUUCUAUCGGUCCACUGACGCAGUUGCGGUGGGGCAUCCCGAGGCAAUCAUCCUCUCGUGUUUCCUCGCCUGCUAUGCAGUGGCCAUGGCCAUCUGGCUCGUGCGGCGGACCAAGACAAGACGAGUUAUCCAGGCGUCCAGCAACCUUCUCUCUGUCAGCACCGAAGCGCCCUCAUCUGGCAACACGUCCACCAAUGGGGAGGUCAUCAUGUCAGGGAGUGGAGGAGCGGCCGACAGCGGCGAGGGCGAGGCGGCGCGUGUGCACUCCUUGCGUCACGGUGGCUACACGAAGCUCGAGUGGCUGCAGCAGGCAGUCAACAUUAUGGUGGUCGCGAUAUCUAUCGUGCUGCUGUUCUACACAGUUCUGCGUCCUGGGGGCGGGAGUGUGAGCGGGUACGUCCAUCCGGCUAUGUUGGCUAUCGCCUUCACGCUCUCGGUGGUUUCUUAUCACUGCGAGGCGAGAUCCGAGGGCCCCCUCAGCUGGGUGACCUGGGUCUUCUGGUUGCUGGCCACAAUCACGACUGUUGAUGUGUACGCCCGGUCCGCAACUGGGGCAGCGUCGGAGCCUUUUGACCGCAGCUCAUCGGCACGUGUGCCGCUGAUGCCCAGCCUCACCUGGGAUGAGCUGCUCCACGUGGCAUUGUUUGAUCUCACAGUCAUCCAGAUCGGCCUCUUUAUCUGGCGAGAAGUCUUGCGGGUCGGUGAGAGGCAGGCCUAUGAACAGACACAUUCCACAGACACACACACAGAUGCUGGUGUGUUUGUUGUCGGUGGUGCAGUCAAAUGUCGCUGAGGCCCCAUCGAGCUCUGCUGUUGCCGACCCCCACGCGCCAACGAACCUGUCGGUACCACUGCUGCAUGGAACGGCGAAAGAGAAGGAGGCCGACACUGACACGAGUGUGCAUGCCGCUCAUCCGUCCCCCUCCAUCGCCCCUCCUCCGCCAUCAGCCGAGGUGCCGGCCUCUCUGAUAUCCCGGCUGACAUUCUACUGGCUGUCGCCCUUCAUGGCCAUCGGCAAACAAAGGCCACUCGUCACCUCUGACCUCAACGAUCUGAACCCCAAAGUAAUUAAUUAGUGAUGGCGGGUGGGAGGCAGCGCCUGCAGUGAAAUGUCUGUCGGUCUGUCUGUCGGUCUGUCUGUCGGUCUGUCUGUCUGUCUGUGUGGGGGGAUCUCUGCAGGACUAUGCAGGGGCCGUCACCGAUGUGUUGGAGGCACAGUGGCAGAGGGAGCUGCGGCGGGCCAGCCACCCACUGGCCUCGCCGCAUGGCACCGCCCAGGGGCCUGUGUCGUCUCGCCUGCCGUCGGUCACCAUGGCACUCGGACGGUCCUUCGGUGUGCAGUUCCUGCGUGCGGGUGCUGACAAGUUGAUUUACGACAUCCUGACGCUGCUGCAGCCGGUUUUGCUCAAUCUCAUUUUGACUUACCUGGAGGAGUCGGACCUGCAGCCUUUCAGCCAUGGGCUGCUGUACGUGGUGCUCUUGUUGGUUAGUGCCACCACUGCCAGCAUCCUCCUCAACCACUACUUUCAGCUGUGAGUGAGUUAUGUUAUGACACAACCAAGCUACCAUACCAGAGAAAAACAGGCAGGCCAGACAUCCUCUCACGUCCGUCCUUGUGCUGUGUCUGUCAGUGCGCUUCGGUGUGGGAUGCAUGUGGCGAGCUCUCUGACGACGCUGGUCUAUCGGAAGGCGACAAGAGUCAUCCCUGGCCAGGUGACUAAGCUCGAUGAUGACGACAGUGACGCCAAGAAGGGGCAGACCAAGAAGGCCGAGGCAUCGGGUGCGGGAGGUGACAACACAGCCGACAGUGCGGGGGGCGAGACCGCCAAGAGCAAGUCGGUUUCAGUUGGGGAGAUCGUCAAUCUGAUGAGUGUGGACACGGAGAGGGUGCGGGACAUGCUCACUUACACACACCUCAUCUGGUCGUCACCAUUUCAGGUCAAACAGACAGGGACGGGCUCUCAUGUCUUGUGCGCAGCUUGCUAAGUGGCACGUGGGUGUGUCAUGUGUUGUGUUGUGCUGCGCUGCGUGUUCCGACAGGUAGUUCUGUGUGUGGCUCUUCUGCUGCGUGUGGUGGGCGUGGCCGCCUUUGUGGGCAUGGGCGUGAUGGUCCUCAUGGGGCCACUGACAGCAACGCUGCUCAAGCGAAUGGAGACACUGCAGAAGGAGAUAAUGAAACUCAGAGGUAGGUGAACACACGACAGACAGCAACCACACACACUGACACCGACGUAUCGACCACUGCACUGCUCCGUGCAUCCCUUGGAUGUACGGUGGUGUGUGUAUGGUGUAAACAGACGAGCGCGUCAAGAUGACCAACGAGACGUUGGCGGGCAUGAAGAUCGUGAAGCUGUAUGCCUGGGAGAAACCGAUGGGGCAGCGAGUACGCGACGUCCGCAACAAGGAGCUGGCCAUUCUGUGGAAGUGAGCGGAGCGACAUGAAGCCAGCCAGCUGUCAACCCACACACACGGACCGGCUGACGUGACGCAGAGGUCUGUCUGUGUGGUGCUGUCUGUGUCCUGUGAUGUGUAUGUGUGUCUAGGUAUCUGUCGCUGGAGGUGCUGAGUUGGUUGGGCUGGAUGUCGCUGCCCACGAUCGUGGCCGCGGCAACCUUCGCCGCAUACACGCUGCUCGGCAACACCAUUGACGCUCCAACAGCCUUCACCGGUCGGUCAGCUGCACUCACUGCAUGGCCGGUGCUCAUGACUCACUCUGUAUGCUUCACUCGUGUCAUGUUUGUUGUGGCUUGUGUCAGGUCUGUCGCUCUUCAACAUUUUGACGUUCCCCAUGCAGGCCAUCCCGUACGUCAUAAUGGGGCUGGUCGAGACCCGCACAUCGCUCGGCAGAAUACAGAAGUUCCUCCUGGGCGACGAGAUCACGCCCCUCCCCGCCCUCUCACCCGUCCAUGCCGCCGUCCCGCCCGGCACCGCCACUGUCGAGUGCGCGAACAUGAAGCUCGCUUGGCCAAACGGCACCGUCUUUCUUGACAACAUCUCUCUCACGUGCCAGGCCGGGCAGCUCACCAUGAUUGUCGGACCGGUCGGAGCAGGUCGGUCAGGCCAGGACACAGAAACUGGGUGGGGGGACAGGAGACAGGACAGGCUCUGGAUGGAUAGGAUAUGUCUCUACUUGCCUUGGCGUGUGUGUGUGUUUAGGCAAGAGUGGUCUGUUGCUGGCCCUGAUAGGCGACCUGACGCCUGCCAGCGGCACCUGCAGUGUGGUGGGGUCGCUGGCCUACGCCGCACAGACGGCCUGGAUACAGAACUGCAGCCUGCGCGACAACAUCCUCUUUGGAAGGGCCUUCGACCAAGGCAAGUACGACCGUGUCGUGGAGGCCUGUGCGUUGAAGCCCGACUUCUCCGUGCUGCCCGCUGGCGACCAGACAGAGAUCGGCGAGAAGGGCAUCAAUCUGUCAGGCGGACAGAAACAGGUGCGCCAACGGAGGCGUGCACACACGCGAAUAGAGAGAGAGAUGUCACUGUGUCUGUCUGUCCGGUUUGCCUCUUCCGUCUGUCUCAGCGAGUGGCGCUGGCUCGUGCCGUCUACUCGGACGCCGACGUAUACCUCCUCGACGACACCCUGUCUGCAGUGGACAGCCACGUGGCGCACCACAUCAUGUCGUCGGCCAUCCUGGGUCUGCUCAAGCAGGCCAACAAAACCAUCGUCAUGGUCACCCACAACCUGCACGUCCUCCCCAUGGCCGACCAGAUCGUCACCAUCCAAGACGGCGGCGUCCACUUCACCGGCGAGUACCAGGCCUUCAGAGAAUCAGGCGGCGACCUUGCCACCUUCCUAAACACCGAAGAGGACGAGGAGGACGAUGCGGGCGAUGCCGGGCACGUGGACGAGGAGGAGGCAGACGAUGUGCUGAUGGACGAGAUCGAGCGGAACCUGCUCGACGCCAAGGGCCCCAGUCGGCAAAGGAGUGCGAGCAGCGACAGGAGUGGGCGGAGCGGCCGGAGCGGCAAGAGGAAGAAGUCUAUGCAUGAUAAGGACAAGGAGGCCCAGGCCGGCGACGCCGCCAAGAAGAAAGACUCCACCAGCGGCGCACUCAUUGAGGACGAAACUGCCGCGACCGGCGCCGUAUCACGAAAGGUGGGUGGGGGGAAUGCAGUGCAGUGAGUCCAGUAGAGGAGGGCAGGAAACAAGUCAGUCCGCAGUCAAGUGCAGUGCUUUCCUCUGUGCUGUGCAUGUGAUGUGCAUGUGAUGUGUAUGCAGGUGUAUCGUGACUACGUGAGAGAGGGCGGUGUUGGCAUCCUGGUGGCGGCUGGUGCGUUCCUGGUGCUCUCACAGGUCUUUCAGAUCUCGGCAAAUUCUUGGCUGUCAUACUGGGCCGACCACCCAUAUGUGCUGGGAUCCAUCCUCAACUCGCUGGGUGUGUACUCGGCCCUCUGCAUCGUGGACCCCAUCACGAUGUUCAUUUCGCUGUGCUGCGGGUAUGGUAGAUGAUUGCGAUACUCUGUGCGUGUGGAGGACUCAUUUGUUUCAUUGGUGUCAUUUGUUUCCGAUGUAUGUUCCUGUCGAUGGAGGUAUUUGCUGUCGUGGUACGCCGCUGGUGCCAUGCACGAGCGGCUGCUGUCGUCCAUCCUGCGGGCCACACAGGCCUUCUUCGACACCACACCCACAGGCCGCAUUCUCAACCGGUACGUACGCCACGCUAGCUACGUACAAGGUCAUGGAUGGGAUGUACACCUCACACCGACGCACCACUUGUGUGUUUCUCUUCCUCGUGUGUGCGGGGCGGGCGUUGUGUAGGUUUUCAAAGGACAUCGAGACGAUUGACGAGCGGCUGCUAGCGAGUCUGUGGGCCGUCUUGUUCGAAACGGUCGCCUUGGCAGGGAGCCUCCUGGUCAUUCUCUAUGUCGCGCCCUGGGUGCUGCUGGCGGUGCUGCCCCUGGCUGCCCUCUACUGGCUCACCCAACAGUACUACAUCCCCACAUCGCGGCAGCUCCGGCGCCUCAACAACAUCCUCAAGUCGCCUGUCUUCUCGCACUUCAGCGAGACCCUCGAGGGGGUGUCGACCAUCAGGGCGUUCCGAGCGGAGCAUGAGUUCCGUAGCGAGAACGCCAGGAAGGUCGAUAAGAUGCAGCGGGCCUACUUCCUCUCGUGGAUGGCCAACAGGUGGCUCGCCGUCAGGCUGGAGUUCAUCGGCAACAUCAUCGUCUCGCUGGCUGGGCUGAUUUGCGUGCUGGGGGCCUCCCACAUCCCCAGCGGCAUGGCGGGGCUCUGCCUCACCUAUGCACUCAUGGUCACUGAAGGUGGGUGACAGACAGAGGGAGGGAGGGAGACCGAUGGAUGGCUGGAUGGAUGGUUGUGUGGUGUGGUUCAGGGCUGAACUGGUUGGUGCGCAACUCAUGUGAGUGAGUGCUGUCCCUUGAUUGUAUGUGUGUCAGCAAGUGACGUAAAUGUAUAUGUAGGUGACCUCGAGACCAACAUCGUGUGUGUGGAAAGGGUUCAGGAGUAUGCUACCACCCUACCGCAGGAGGUCAGUAUGACUGACGGCACGCACAGCAGACAGACAACGCACGGACGCAUACGACCUCGUUUGUCUGUCUGUGUGUGUGUCAAGGCGGCGCUGGUGGUUGAGGGCAAUCGUCCCCCAUCCGACUGGCCCCAGAAAGGCAGGCUGUCUCUCAAGAACCUCCAAGUGAGAUAUCGGCCAGGGCUGCCUCUUGUCCUGAAAGGGCUCACCGUCACCAUCGAAGGCGGCCAAAAGGUCAGCACUGCCACACACAGUGAGUGGUACACAGCGACCAGCUGUCUUCAAUAUCUCCUGUCUGUCUGUGUGUGUGUCCAUCCAUCCAUCCCUCGCAGAUUGGGAUUGUUGGGAGAACUGGUGCCGGCAAGUCUACAUUGAUGCAGGUGUUGCUGCGGCUGGUGGAGCCCACGGCAGGAUACAUCGAAGUGGACGGCAUCGAGUGCACUAAAAUCGGACUAGACGACCUGAGGAAGCAGUUCAGCAUCAUACCACAGGACCCUGUCCUCUUCACGGGCUCGGUUCGCUUUAACAUCGAUCCGUUCGCACGGUGAGUGAGCAUGACACCACACGCACUCAGACAGACAGACAGACAGGCCACACAUGACUCAUCCAUCCAUCCAUCCAUCAGGCACAGCGACGAGGAGGUGUGGCAGGCCCUCCGGCGUUCACAUCUGUCAGAUUUCGUCUCGUCCCUCCCGGACGGCCUGUCCUCUGUGGUGGAGGAGGGCGGCAGGAACUUCUCACAGGGCCAAAGGCAGCUGCUGUGCCUCGGCAGGGCGCUGCUGCGACGUUCAAAGAUCAUCCUCCUUGACGAGGCCACCUCUGCAGUCGACCACAAGACAGACGCGCUCAUACAGGUAAAUGGGUCGACAGUGGUCACACGUCGAGGCCCCCACCCUUAUCUGUCUGUCUGUCUGCGUAUAUGUCAGACGACCAUCCGCGAGGAGUUCAGAUCAUGCACCGUCCUCACCAUCGCCCACAGAAUACACACCAUCCUCGACUCAGACAAGGUGACGUUACACGCAUCCACAUGCCCAAUAAUCCCUCCCCACCCACCGGUGUCUCCUCCUGCCUGUCGGUCGCGUCAUUCAGGUGCUGGUAAUGGAUCACGGGUUGGUGGCCGAGUUCGACUCGCCCAAGCGGCUGCUGCAGAGACGCACCAGCAUCUUCAGCUCCAUCGCGGCCCAGGCGGGCAUCACCGACGCCACGACUUCGUACGGCAGCAGAUCACCCAGGCCAUCAUGAUGGAUGGGAGGGGAGGAGCAGGGCGGGU